AUGUUCGUGCCUGACCGCCACUUGUUGCCUAUCGACUCGAACUCCCUUGAGGAUCCUGGCAAUGCGCUGGUCGCAAUCUCUUCACCUGAGAUCUCAGAUGAAAUGUCUUCCUGGGGGACUCUGAUCAACCCAGACAAGAGUCCAGCGCCGUUGCUGGAACAGCUUUGUCUAGGGAUCGCGCAGUUGUUGCCCACGUUUGAUUCAAAUGGUUCAAAUGAUCUUACCCCCGAUCGCGUCGCGUCCUUCUACCGCAAAGUAGGCGGCAACUAUGAUCCUCUCUUUCUUGGUACCAAAUCUACGGCGCUUUCGUUCAUUUAUCAGUCGCUUGGCUGCUUUCACAGCCUCCAGCCUUCCAGCAAUCCAUAUGAACCGCCCUCCGUUCCGUCACUACAACCGGCUGGCUUUGUGAGAUGGCAGACAAUUCAGUUGUUAAUGGAACCCGACGAGCACUGGCAGUACUUGCGAAAUGCGGUUAGUAUGUGGGAUAUUGCCGAUGCGAACGGGGAGUUAUUUCCAAAGGAAAUCCCUCGCGACGCGUUUCCCUCCGAGCCAGACCCAGAAAUGCUACAGUGGCAUGAGGGAGUAAGUCGGCGACUUGAAUUAGACUACAUGAAGCGGAAGACGCAGCGUGCUUCACCACCCGACUUUGGGGGAUAUCACUAUCGUUUCAGCGGAAAGGAUCCACUACCAGAUGAAGAAGAGUGCUUUUCGCAUCCGCCGCGACAGCCAGCACAGCGGAAUCAUAGCUACUAUGAGCCAGAUCGAGCUGGUCGGCGGCGUCAGCACCACCGACGCCUCAGCGCCGAGUAUCCUACAUUCGAUACCCGUAGACCGGAACCGAGCUUCUCCUCUCGACCGGAUGGAGUUCGGUCUGGUGUUUCGUCUCCCCGAGGUCCUUCGCCAUCUUCACGGGAGUAUCCUCAUUAUCGCACCAGAGAUAAUGAACAGUCAACCUGGCAUACCCACAACCCAUUUCCCACAGAAAUGGACCAGCCUCCAGAGCCAGAACCCGUCUCCGAUGACACAAUCCAUGAAGAAGAACCGGAACCCGAGCCUGAAACCCAAUCCAGACGUCGGGCCCGACGUAACCUAUCUCCACCGCAUUCAGGUACACGCCGUCACUCCCACGAUGCAUACGCACGAAAACCCUUUCGUGAUCUCUCACCCUCCGCGCCACGAAGAAAUCAUAGAGGAUACGACUGCGAGAUCCCCACCCCCACCCCAAAAACAAGAAAAUCGAACUCAGACGGAACACCCAGAUCCCAUCAUCACGACGACCGUUCUCGCUCCAGAUCAUCAGGCGUCAAAUUCAAAGAAUUCGUCUUCGACGUCCCUCACCCAGCUCCAGCUCCAGCCCCAGCCCCAGCCCCAGACCCAGCAAUGUACAUGCCCCCACCACCACGGCCAUCACCUCGUCACCGAUACAAUCUAGAUCCAUAUGCAGACGAUGCCAGAAGAGGUAGUUACAGCGGUGGCAGCACAGGAGGGAGUCGACCUGGAAGCGGAGGGAGCAGCUCCGAUCGACCGCGCUCAUAUAGUAGUGCCGGCUUUCCACCUCGGGCAUCUCGAUGGACGAGUCCUUCGCGAGGACCGGCUAAACGGUAUAUUCCAACUAGUCUUGCUCAAGAUGCGGAAUAUAUCUCUUCGCGGGGACCCCCACUAUAUAAGUGA